UCUCCGCGACGAGUGUGACUCACUGCCUCGUGAGUCCCAAGCCAGCACAGGCUUUGAAAGUUUGAAACCUUGUGGAGAAGGGAAGAAAGCUCAGACCCACCAACCCAACCAUGUCCGAUUCGAAGGUGGAGACGCUGUCGCGACUCGCUCAAUGGAGGAUCGAUAGCUUCGGACCCUCCUCUUACAAAAAGUCCGAACCUUUCAAGAUGGGCAUCUGGAACUGGCACUUAUCGGUGGAGAGGAAUCGCUAUCUGUACGUGCGCUUGUUCCCUGAGCUAUCGAGGAUUUCUAAAGAACAACCACCUCUCGCGCGAUUCGUUGUGCGCGUCUCUGUUGCUGGUACCGGUCGUAAACUAUUCACUUCUCAAGUAUAUGACAGAUUACUUCGGACAUGUGAUGACUUUGGUUGGUCCGUCGAUUGUGCCUUUCAUGGACGUUUCACUAUCGAUGUCGAGUUUCUGGAUCUGAAGAUCUGCCCAUUGAAUGGAGGCGAGCCCACUCCUCUAUGGCUCGGAGAUGGAAGUGGGUCAAUGCAAUCUGUGGCAACUCAAAGGACUCUCCAUUGCCUCUCACGAAUGCUUGAAGAAGCCAUCCACUCCGACAUCACCAUCAAUACAUCUGACGGCUCUUUGAGGGCCCACAAGGCCAUCUUAUCCACAAGCUCUCUAGUCUUCCAAAGCAUGUUCCAUCACAACCUAAAGGAGAAAGAGUCUUCCACGAUCUUCAUCGAAGACAUGUCCCUCGAGUCCUGCGCAGCCCUUUUGAGUUACUUGUAUGGAUGCAUAAAGCAAGAGGAUUUCUGGAAGCAUCGACUCGCUCUUCUUGGGGCAGCCAAUAAAUAUGGGAUUGCAGCUCUGAAAGACGCGUGCGAGGACAGCCUCUUGGAAGAUAUUAGUUCGAGCAAUGUCCUUGAGAGGCUCCAGGAGGCUUGGCUGUAUCAGCUGGACAAGCUUAAGAAGGGGUGCUUGAUGUUCCUGUUCGACUUUGGGAAGGUAUAUGAUGUUAGAGAGGAGAUGAAUAACUUUUUCAGGCAGGCGGAUCGGGAAUUGAUGUUGGAGAUGUUUCAGGAGGUGCUUUCUGCAUGGAAACCCGCAUGAGGGUAUCGCAUAAAUUUUUACUGGUGCUACAUUCUUGCCCUAGAAAUUGUAUAUGCUGGUGUGGAUCGAAGUUAUGGUAUCGCAGGUAUCUAAAUGGCAACCGCGAAGAAAGGUCACUGAUGUGUCCGAGCCGCCUAGGGGUUGAUCCAAGACAGUACAUGUUUUACGCUUUUUUUAAGUGCUUAUUAUGGUAGUCAUAAUCUCGGUUAUCAACUGAGAAAUCUUGACAAUGUAAUCCAGUGGGAUUUAUAUGUGCAGUUCAGUAGUAUGGGUGUGUUCUUUCAUCACUUUGAUUCCCUCCCAUGGAGGCUUCAGGGUUGA